GCUGCUGCCCCUCCCCCACCCGCGGGCCCGGAGCGGCCCCGGAGCGACCCCGCGGUCCCCGGUGGCCCCGCGGCGGCGCUCGGUGGCCCUCAGGGUGGCCACGGUGGCCCUGGGGGGGUCGGUGGUGGCCCUGGGCUGCGGGGCGCUGGCCCAGCCCCCCCGGCGGCGCCGGGCGCGGCUCCUGCUCGAGGGCGUGGCCAGGUUCUGCAGGUCGCUCUCGGUGGGGCUCCGCAUCUCCCUCGAUUAUUGGUGGACGACCAACGUGGAGCUGCGGGGCCUGGAGCAGGACAGCCCGGUUUACCUGUCGGCCAUGUCGUGCUGCCACCGCCGCGCCGGGCAGCGCCUCCUGCAGGGGGCGCUCUCCAACGGCGGCCUCUACGUGAAGCUGGGCCAGGGGCUGUGCGCCAUGGACCACCUGCUGCCACCAGAGGUGACAGCGACACUGCGGCCGCUCGAGGACAGCGCCAGCCCCCGCGGACACCGCGAGGUGGACGAGCUGUUCCUGGAGGAUUUCCAGACCACCCCUUCCGGAAUGUUCCGCGAUUUCGACUACGAGCCCGUGGCUGCCGCCAGCCUGGCCCAGGUGCACCGAGCCACCCUCCCCGACGGGACCCCCGUGGCUGUCAAGGUGCAGUACCUGGACCUGCGCGAUCGCUUCGAGGGCGACAUGAGGACCCUGGAGCUGCUGCUGCGCCUGGUGGAGUUCAUGCACCCCGACUUCGCCCUGGGCUGGGUGCUGCAGGAGCUGAAGGGGACGCUGGCGCUGGAGCUGGAUUUCGAGAACGAGGCGCGGAACUCGGAGCGCUGCGGGCGGGACCUGGGACACCUGCGGGGGGUGACGGUGCCACGCGUGCACUGGGGACACUGCAGCAAGCGGGUGCUGACGGCCGAUUUCUGCGAGGGCUGUAAGAUCACCAACCUCGAGGGGAUCCGGGCGCUGGGCCUGGGGCUGCGAGACACCGCAGAGAAGCUGAUCCAGGUGUUCGCCGAGCAGAUUUUCUACACCGGGUUCAUCCACGCGGAUCCGCACCCCGGGAACGUGCUGGUGCGGCGCGGCCCCGACGGGCGGGCGCAGCUGGUGCUGCUGGACCACGGCCUGUACGAGAGCCUGAGCGAGAGGGACCGGCUGGCGCUGUGCGGGCUCUGGAGAGCGAUCGUGCUGCGGGACCGCGACGGCAUGAGGGAGCGGGCGGCCGAACUGGGGGUGCAGGACUACUUCCUGUUCUCCGAGAUGCUGAUGCAGCGCCCCCUGGGCCGCCACUCGCGGCUGCUGGGCGCACCUGAGGCACACCUGGGCGCACCUGAGGCUCACCUGGGCGCACCUGAAGCACACCUGGACCAGCAGGGAGCUCACCUGGGCCAGCAGGGAGCUCACCUGGAGUCUCAAGGAGCUCACCUGGAGUCCCAAGGAGCUCACCUGGAGCCGCGAGGAGCUCACCUGGGCCUGCGGGGAGCUCACCUGGGCGCACCUGAGGGUCACCUGAGCGCGGAGGAGCGGGGCUACAUGCAGAGCAUGGCGGCGCGGCGCUUCCCGCAGGUGCUGCAGGUGCUGCGGGCGCUGCCCCGCCCCAUGCUGCUCGUGUUCCGCAACAUCAACACGGUCAGGAGUGUCCACGGGGCGCUGGGCGCACCUGCGGACAGGUACGGCAUCAUGGCCCGCAGCGCCGUGCGCAGCUGGAGCCGCCUGAGGGGGGGUCCCGGGGGGUCCCUGCGGCAGCGGCUGCACCUGGGCUGGGAGAGCCUCAAGUUCGAGCUGGCCCUCAGGUUGGAGUGGCUCCGGUUCCGCCUGGCGGCGGCGGCGCUGCGGCUGCUGAGCCGCUGGGGGGCGCUGCCGCUCGGGGAGCACCUGCAGCAGGUGCUGCGCGCCUGAGGGGGGCGCCACGCGGCCAGAGCCGCCCAAAAACCCCGGAACGCCCCCAAAAUCCGGCCGGGAACACCUGGAAUAACCCAAAAUCCAGCCGGGAACACCUGGAAUAACCCAAAAUCCGGCCGGGAACACCUGGAACAGCCAAAAUCCGGCUGGGAACACCUGAAAUACCCAAAAUCCGGCUGGGAACACCUGAAAUACCCCAAAAUCCGGCUGGGAACACCUGAAACAGCCAAAAUCCGGCUGGGAACACCUGAAACAGCCAAAAUCGGCUGGGAACACCUGAAAUACCCAAAAUCCGGCUGGGAACACCUGAAAAUAACCCAAAAUCGGCUGGGAACACCUGAAACAGCCAAAAACCGGCUGGAACACCUGAAACAGCCAAAAUCCGGCUGGGAACACCUGAAAUACCCAAAAUCCGGCUGGGAACACCUGGAAUAUCCAAAAUCCGGCUGGGAUAACCUGGAAUAACCCAAAAUCCGGCUGGGAACACCUGGAAUAUCCAAAAUCCGGCUGGGAACACCUGGAAUACCCAAAAUCCGGCCGGGAACACCUGGAACAGCCAAAAUCCGGCUGGGAACAGCUGAAAUAGCCCAAAAUCGGGCUGGGAACACCUGAAACACCCUAAAAACCGGCCGGGAACACCUGAAAAUCGGUUAGAAACACCUGAGAACGUCUGAAAAAUGACCGGAAACUCCCAAAAUCAUCCAAAAAUACCCCAAAAUUGGCCGGGAACACCUGAGAGCAUCUGAAAAACGACCAGAAACACCCAAGAACCACCCAAAAAUACCCCAAAAAUGGGCCGGGAACACCUGAAAUACCCCAAAAAUCGGCUGGGAACACCCAAAAAUACCCCAAAUAUCAGCUGGAAAAAACCAAAAGUCACUGGAGAACAUCUGGAAAACACCUGAAAAACAGCUGGAAACACCUGAAAUACCAUAAAAUACCCCGAAACGCAGCCGGGAAAAAAAAUUACCUGGAAGACACCCAGGAAACACCUGAAGACCAGGUGGAAACACCCAAAAAUACCCCCAAAAAACAGCUGGGAACACAAAAAACACCCCAAAAAUUCUGAGAAACAGCCAAAAACAGCCGGAAAGGUCCCAAAAAAACAGCAGGAAACACAAAAAAAAAGACCCAAAACCACCUGAAAAACAGCCAGAAACACCCCAAAUUCCCCCCAAAACAGCUGGAAAUUCUAAAAAACACCUGGAAAACAGCUGGGAAUGCCAAAAUAGCAAAAAAAUACCCCAAAAUCAGCCAGAAACAUAAAAAAAGAAACACCUAAAAUACCUGAAAAAUGGCAAAAAAAGCAGCUGGAAACACAGAAAAAUACCCCAAAAUCAGCCCAAAACACAAAAAAAAACCACCUGAAAAUACCUGAAAACAGCGAAAAAACAGCUGGAAACACCCAAAAUACAAAAAAAGCCCCGGAAAUCCAGCUGAAAACACCAAAAAAAAAAUCUGAAAAUCUCCCCAAAAAAUACCUGAAAAAAAAAAAGAAACGGAAGAGCAGGAAACGCCCAAAAACCCCAAAAAAUUCCCGAAAGCAGGUGAAGAACAGCCGGAAAAAGAACCCCCCAAAAAUUGCUGGAAAACACCCCAAAAAAAAUUUUAGGGGAACGACGGAACUUCAAUUAAAAAUAUACAAAAAAGAAAAAAAAAAUCCUGAAAAGCACCCCAAAAAAUCUCCCCCAAAAAUACCAAAAAUCCCAAAACCCCCUCCCCAAAAUUCACUGUGAAUUCUCCAAAGCCACUGUGAACCCCAAAAAUCCCCCAAAUUCCCCCAAAACUCCCCAAAUUUCCCCCCAAAUUUCCCCAAAAUCCCCCCAAAUUUCCCCAAAUUCCUGCCAAAAUUUCUCCCAAAUUCCCCCAAAAUUCCCCCACAAUCCGCCCCAAAAUUCCCCCAAAAAAUCCCCCAAAUUCCCCAAAAUUUCCCCAAAAUUCCUCCAAAUUCCCCCAAAAUCCCCCCAAAAAUCCCCCCAAAAUUCCCCCAAAUUCUCCCCAAGUUCCCCCAAAAUUCCCCCCAAAUUCCGGCCAAAAUUCCCCCCAAAAUUCCCCCAAAUUUUCCCCAAAAUCUCCCCAAAAUCCCCCAAAUAAACCCCAAAACCCGGA